AUGGCAAGUUCAGCAAAUAAAUCCGAACCAAAGAAAGAUGUUUUGAAACCAUCAAAAGAUACUAACAACUCCAAAUUGACAAGUAAAGAAAUUAGAGAAGAGUACUUUAACCAACUACGUUCAUGGUUGAAUACUGUAAACAGUUAUCAGUGCUACUACAAUAAAUUGCAACGAGAGUCUUUUCAAAACAACUACCGGCAAGUUUUGAAAAAUCCUAAUGAAGUUCCUAAAGUUGUACCUAAUGUUGUUCGUGAAACACCAGCUGUUGAACGUAAUCAAUUUGUGGGGAUAAGAUGCCAGAUACCGUCUUUAUGGAAGCGCUUUGGAGCUGAAUUCAUCGAUUUUUUGCUGUUAAGCUUAGUAAAAUUCUUGAUUGCUUACUUUAUAGUCGAUUCAAUUCUUGAAAUUGAUUUUACUAAAUAUAAUAGCAUUUUUACACGAGAUGAUUAUAAUGUUGAUUAUACUACAGCAGUAGAAAUGACAUCUGAACUAUUUUUUAUAGAAGUAACACACCGAAUAAUAGUUUGUGUAUAUGAGAUAUAUUGCCUACAAGGUAGUACAGUCUUUCAAGGAGGAGCUACAGUUGGUAAAACUCUAUUAGAUCUUACAGUUGUUCGAGCUGAUAAACUAUUUAAUAUAAGAGGUCAGCCAACUGAUGUCAUUGCUUUAAUUCCUGGUGGUGAUAUUGGCUGGAGACGAGCAGCACUUCGUUCAAUCACUAAAAAUUUGUUUUUUGCAUUCUUGUUUCCACUACCUUUUAUUACAGCAGCAGCAAAUCAAAACAGAUGUGCAUAUGAUGUUUUAUGUGGAACGAUGGUUGUAGAAGUUAUACAACCACUUAGGUGUGAACAAUCUGAACUUAUUCCUAUUGGGUAA